AUGGGAUCGUCACUGUCCAACGUGAAGGCGGCAUCAGCUAACAACAACCACAGCUCUGAAAGUAUCUUUGGUUUGAGUGAGUGGGUGCCAGUCGCCCGCUCCAACCACAUCGAAGUCAAAAGAAAAGCUCAGUUUGACCUGCUCAAAGUAGCAGCCAACAAGUUCCCCAGCGAGGAUAGCACCAGACUGCGCAUUCGCCUCUACGACGUGGAUUCGCAUGAAGAAAUAGGCUCUACUGAGGAACUUACGCUGCAGUCUUUGCUGACGCAGGAGGAAAAAGGAGCUUCUCAACGAGUAUAUAAGAAUGGCUUCGUUGUUGGUAACGUGGCAGUUUUGAGGUGGGCAAAGGUCAAUCGAGACUCCUUCCUUACAUACAUCGUAAAUGGCGCACGCCUCCACCUAUUGCUGGGAAUCGACUUUACGAAUUCCAAUUUCAAGGGUGAGCCAUUGCACCAUCCGGACGACAAACGCAAUCCCUACAUUUUGGCCAUUAACGAAAUCGUGGGCAUGCUUCAGUACUUUGACUACUACAACCAAAUCGCCCUCUAUGGGUUCGGAGCGCGUCUGCCGCCCUACUACAAGAGCGUGGGGCAUUGCUUCGCCCUAAACGGUAACUACUACCAUCCGCUGAUCACUGGAGGAGUGGACGAAAUUGUGAAAUUAUAUAAGGAGGCACUUGCUCGCAUCCAACCGCACGGGCCAACUAAGCUAUCGGAUGUGAUUGGGAUGGCUGUCCAAUUCGCACAGGCUGAGUAUCAGUCAUCCAACUACUACGUUCUGGUUCUGCUUACUGAUGGAUCCUUUGAUGAUGUAGAGCUUACCAUCGAUCGCAUCAUCUAA